CAUAAAAUGAAAAUGCAAAAGUAUUCUUACAAAUAUUUAAAAUUUUAACAUGAUUUUAGUCUAGUAAAAGAAGUAAAACUCCUUCAUAACGUACAGUAUGUGGAUCUGAAUAUAAUGUUAAAUAACAUAUCACUCAUUGUGCCUUUAAACAACCCGGAAGAAGAAGGCCGCUCUAAACAGGAUAUUACCGUGAAUCUGAGGUCAGAUUUUCUCUCUCACAGCCAUCUUGGAUAUAACGUUCGAGUCGCAACCAUGCCUGGUGAAGCUACAGAAACGGUCCCAGUCACAGAGCAGGAGAUGCAGCAGCCUCAAGUGGAGACCGAAGGACCACCCACUCACGAAGAAGCCGGUUCGUCUGUGAAGGUACAAAGUCAGGAGUCUGUGUCUGCUGAGGAAUCAGACAGCCAAGAGGUUGAGCAGGUUUCUGUUGAAGCAGAGGCCUCUGGAGGCAAGCCCAGUGCAGUGCUAGAAGAAAUUCCUGAUGAUCCGAAACCAUCUGCUCAUGAAUACGUGAAGGCCGCUAAUGCCCCAAAGACUGAGGUAGAAAACUUAAAGAAUCUUUGCCUGGUUGCAGCUCAGGACGAAGCAUUGCCUGGUGAUAACGUUGACGUGGGUACUCAAAAUGAAGAACUUGACAAGAAAGCUGUUAGACUUCUCUCCAAGGCCAUUCAGUCAAAGGAGUCCUCCAAAUGUGGAGGCCCACCUUUUUCAACUCGCCACCUGUCAGGAUCCGGUACAGAGUCAGACAGUGAUGACUCAGUCCCUGAGCUGGAGGAACAGGACUCUGCACAGACACAGACACAGCAAGCUCAGCUUGCAGCAGCUGCCGAAAUAGACGAGGAACCUGUCAGCAAAGCCAAACAGAGCCGCAGUGAAAAGAAAGCACGAAAGGCGAUGUCGAAGCUUGGUCUCAGGCAGGUAACGGGGGUCACCAGGGUCACCAUUCGCAAGUCAAAGAACAUCUUGUUUGUCAUUACCAAACCAGACGUCUACAAGAGCCCUGCAUCAGACACAUACAUCGUCUUCGGUGAAGCUAAGAUCGAAGAUCUUUCCCAGCAAGCCCAGCUGGCUGCCGCAGAAAAAUUCAAGGUACAGGGAGAAGCUGUAUCAAACAUCCAGGAAAACACACAGACGCCAACAGUACAGGAGGAGAGCGAAGAAGAAGAGGUGGAUGAGACCGGAGUUGAGGUCAAGGACAUCGAACUCGUCAUGUCACAAGCCAACGUGUCGCGGGCGAAGGCUGUGCGCGCCCUGAAGAACAACAACAACGACAUUGUCAAUGCUAUUAUGGAGUUGACAAUGUAAUGGGACCCUGGUAAUAAAGGGUUGAAGAAAGGUUGCUGAUUUAAGCUCGUUUAUACAAUUUAUACCCAAGAUGGAAAUAAAGUUGUGGCUUGAUAAAAU